AUGCACAAUACUAAUGACAGCUCCCAAAGCCAUUUCAUCCUUUUGGGGUUUUCUGAUCGUCCUCAUCUGGAGAAAAUUCUUUUUGUGGUCAUUUUGAUUGCUUAUCUCCUGACUGUAGUGGGCAACACCAUCAUCAUCCUGGUGUCCCGUCUGGACCCUCACCUCCACACCCCUAUGUACUACUUUCUCACUCACCUAUCUUUCCUGGAUCUGAGUUUCACCACCAGUUCCAUCCCACAACUACUAUACAACCUUAACGGACAUGACAAAACCAUCAGCUACAUUGGAUGUGCCAUUCAGCUCUUUCUGUUCCUGGGUCUGGGUGGCGUAGAAUGCCUUCUCCUGGCUGUAAUGGCUUAUGACCGGUUUGUGGCAGUCUGUAAACCCUUACACUACACGGUGAUCAUGAAUCCAAGACUCUGUCUGGGCUUAGUGUUGGUUGCCUGGGGUUGUGGGGUGGCCAACUCCUUGGCCAUGUCUCCUGUGACCCUGCUCUUACCCCGUUGUGGAAGACACCAAGUGGACCACUUCCUGUGUGAAAUGCCAGCCUUGAUUCGGAUGGCCUGCAUCAACACAGCAGUCAUUGAAGGAACGGUUUUCGUCCUGGCAGUGGGCAUUGUGCUUUCACCAUUGAUUUUUAUUCUAGUGUCCUAUGGCUAUAUUGUAAAGGCUGUGUUACAAAUUCGAUCAGCAUCAGGGAGAAAAAAAGUCUUCAACACUUGUGGCUCCCAUCUCACUGUGGUCUCCCUUUUCUACGGAAACAUUAUCUACAUGUACAUGCAACCAGGGAACAGCUCCUCCCAAGACCAGGGAAAGUUCCUGACCCUCUUCUACAACAUAGUCACCCCACUCUUGAAUCCCUUGAUCUACACCCUCAGAAACAAAGAGGUGAAAGGGGCCCUAAGAAGACUGCUGCUAGGUAAUAGAGAUGCCAGGAAGGAGUAA